CCUCGCUUCCCGAGACGAGCGAACCGAGCACCGCUCUCCCCUCGCCCCAGAGUGCUGCGCGGCGCCGAAUCCCGGCGAUCUCUCUCCUUCUCUUCACCCUUCGAGUAGUGCGUUGAUGGAUACCUGAAGUUUAUCUCCAUUGAUGCUUAUUCUUUCUCUAUCUAUAUCUAUUGAAUAGAAUAAGACGAGGAAAAGGAGGCACGAAUGUGGAGAGUGGUGAAUUCUCUCCGACAAACCAUGGCGCUUAUCCAAUUGACUUCUAAGUUGAAUCCUGUGAAAGAUUCAUGGAAUUCAAAUUUUAGACUGGAGCUCGAUGCUGGUCAGAUUAGCCAUUUUACCACAAGAUAUUCUGAUGUUCAUCAUAGGCACUCGGGUUAUGGUGGGCUUUUGCAAGAUCGAAUGAAAAACCAGCUUGAGUUAAAACCAAUGUCAUCAGAGCUGGAUACUGAAGCAGUUGAUCAGCAUUCAAAAAGUAAUGCAGAGCCACUACCACAACAAAGAAUUGGACGAAAUGUUUCAUCACUGGAUAAAAGAAAAUUUCUUGUUAACACGCUUUUAGACCUCAAGGAUUCAAAAGAAGCGGUUUAUGGUACUCUUGAUGCUUGGGUAGCAUGGGAACAAGAGUUUCCUUUGGCUAUGAUCAAGAGAGCAUUGCUUGUUCUUGAAAAAGAGGAACAGUGGCACAGAGUUGUUCAGGUGUUAAAGUGGAUGCUGAGCAAAGGCCAAGGAACUACAAUGGGAACCUAUGAGCAGCUAAUACGUGCUUUAGAGAAAGAUGGCCGGCCAGAAGAAGCACACAAUAUUUGGGUAAAGAAAGUCAGUCAUGAUCUACAUUCAGUUCCUUGGCGGGUUUGUGAUCUUAUGAUAUCUAUUUAUUAUCGGAAUAAUAUGCUAGAGAGGCUCGUCAAGCUUUUCAAAGGUCUGGAAGAAUUCGAUCGUAAACCUCCACGCAAAUCCAUUGUACGGAAAGUAGCUGAUGCAUUUGAAAUGCUGGGCUUGUCAGAAGAAAAGAAUAGAGUUCUGGAAAAAUAUAGUCAUUUAUUUAAUGAGACAUCUGAAGGACAUUUUAAGAAAUCUCGAAAAGCAUUAAGGAAGAAAGAUGAGCAAUUGUCUAAAAAGAAACAGGUUGAAAGUAUAGAACCUUCACACAAUCAGCCAGUAGAUUCUGGUCCUUCGGACACAGAAAUUGAUGUUCCUGUGUGAAUUUAGUACUAAUGUGAGCAAUGUAUAUGACAGGAGGAGCGCCAGGAGCGCUUGAGCUUUUUGAUGAGAAGGAAAUCAUGCAUGCAGAGUGAUAACUUGUGGUUUGUUUGUUGUUUAUAUACUGUCUUCAAGCUCAUGACCUUUCAAUGCACCAUUGACUUUCACAGUAAGAGUAGCUUCUGAGUAAAUGGAGAGCAUUUUCAUCCAAUAUUUUCUUGAACUUGAGGUAGUGGUCAUUCUUUCAUAUUUCCGCUAUGAUUGCGCAUAAUCAAAAGAAUUUUGGAUUCUAUGAUGUCAUUUAUUAAUGUCAUUAUCUUUCUAAAAGAAUCUUACAAACAUAUUUGCUAUGUAUUCCAACUUUACAUGAAGGUUUUACUUUUUAGAAUCA